CUACUCGUCAGCCUUCCACCAGCCAGAUCAAUUACGACUCUCGCAUCGACGUUGCCGAGCGAGAAUACCGCGAACGUACCACUCCGUUCGCUGAGGAGUUUCGCACUUCUCGCACCUGGCAAGACAAAAGCACCAGUCCUCGUGACUUCCCUGCCCCGAACAUCACCGAGCGUGAGCCUGUUCGCUUCGACGAAAAGGUUGAAGUGAUCAAGACCCGCACGGUCGAAGAGCCUCAAGGUCGUCGUCACAGACUUGAUAUGGGAUACCACGACGAAGAGGGAAACUACCACUCAUUCCGUCAAGGACUCCACCGCGCCGCUGACCGCGUUCUCCACCCGUUCGAGAACCACCACCACCACCACUCUCACCACUCCCACAGCUCCGAGCGCCAAGAAAACGUCGUCGUUGAAGAACGCGAAUUCACCAUGUCUGCUCCUCGAUCAAGCUCGCGCGCCGUCGCUGCCGCCACCAUCACCAUCCCAUGCCACCACAUCCGCAUUGGUGACUUGUUGAUCCUCCAAGGUCGCCCUUGCCAGGUCAUCCGCAUCACCACCUCUGCCCAGACUGGCCAGCACCGUUACCUCGGUGUUGACCUCUUCACCAAGCAGUUGCACGAGGAGUCCUCCUUCGCCAGCAACCCCAGCCCGUCUGUGUAUGUCCAGAACAUGGUCGGACCCAUCUUCAAGCAAUACCGCGUUCUUGACAUCCGUGAUGACGGUGCCGUCGUCGCCAUGACCGAGGGUGGUGAUGUCAAGCAGGGUCUCCCUGUCCUUGACCAGAGCAGCCUGCUCACCCGUCUCACUGAGGCCUUCAACGACGGCCGUGGCAGCAUCCGUGUCCUCGUCAUCAACGACGGUGGUCGCGAGCUCGCCGUUGACUUCAAGGUCAUCCACGGCAGCCGUCUGUAAACUCCCACGCAGUGUAAGUUCUUCACCAAUGUAUUCAUCCGAUAACAACACGCGUCUGACAAUACUCCCAGUCGAAAACGGUACAUAUGAUUGCAUAGCCUUUUAAGACGUGUCACGAGGUCGUUGAAUAUAAGUUGUGGUGGCCAUUGAGAAGUCUUCUUCUUGUAUGUUUUGUCGCUCUCGCAAAGCUUUUGAUCGGCUUUUCGACAUGAUCACGGCCUGGGUUGGUCUUGUCGCGGCGUAGACAGAUUGUCAAAUAGUAUUUGUAUUACAUCUCAACGGAUUAUAAUUCGCACCC